CUUUUCUUCAGUGAAAGAAAUAUAAAAUGCUUGAAAGUAGUUGCUUCCGUAUGAAGACCGUUCUUUUCCGAACUGGUUCCGGCUCAAUUUCGGUUCAAACACCGGUGGUUUCGAGAGUCUCUGUUACCGCUCGUGAAUCCAUUGGUAAAGUGUUUAACAGAGAGAAGAAGAAAGGAUCUUUAUCUCCUGUGAUCUCUCUGAAUCUGGAAGUUAAUCGGCCCGGUAUACGUCGGACUUCAUCUGAACCCGAGGUGAUCCGGUCGGCGCUUGAAAAUUCGAGCAUAUCUAGGACGUUGAGUAAGAUUGAAUCGAGGUCAUUACCGGCAAUAAUACCAGAGGAAGAUUGCAGUUCUCAACAGAAUGAAUUGGAAAUUUUGCAAAGUAUUGGAUCGCUGAGUUUAACAGCAGAUCAACAGAGUUACGCUCGAGACCGGCCUAAAGACGGUAUUCCUAUCAAUGAGCUUGGAUUUCCUGGCGGUGGAAUCGGCUCCACCAAAAAUAAAAAGUUUGGCGGCAAUGGUGGCGGUAGAGAUGAGUUUGAUGCAAAUAAUUUCACCGGCGGAAACUCAGAUCCAAGGAAAAUUGGAGCAUAUUAUAAGGAAAUGCUGAAUUCAGAUCCUAUGAAUUCUCUUCUUCUUAGAAACUACGGCAAGUAUUUGCAUGAGGUGGAGAGAGAUUUUGUGAAGGCUGAAGAAUGCUACGGAAGAGCUAUACUUGCAAGUCCCGGAGAUGGAGAAGUACUUUCUCUGUAUGGCAAAUUGGUUUGGGAGACUCAGCGAGAUGAAAGCAGAGCCAAAUCUUACUUUGAUCAAGCUGUUCACGCUUCUCCUGGCGACUGCACUGUGUUGGGAUCGUAUGCACACUUCAUGUGGGAAGCGGAAGCAGACGAAGACGAAGACGAAGAAAAAGAAACAAUAGCAGCUGGAGCAUCGACGAUUGAAGUUUACUAGCUGCAGGAAACAGAUGGAAAAAAAACUACUACAAUAAAAUUAAGCUCACCUUCGGCUUUGGAAGCUAGCUAGUAUUAUCACUGAGAGCUAACGUAUGCUAAUGUACUUGUAAAAAUGUGUAAAAAGAACCUUAAUAAAAGAAACUUAAAUUACCUAAAUCAAUGUUCUAAUCUAAAAUGAAGGGGAAAGUCUCUAGAAAAGAGUGAAGUUUUGUACAUGUCUUAACUAUUAGUGCUUUUUGUAAGUCUGAUUUUGCACCGGAAUGAGAUCAUCAAAGUAUCAAA